AUGGCGACCAAGCAGUGGGCUAGUAAGGCUUCCAAGUUCUUGGAGAUUCCUGAAACUCUCCGCACAUCUGUCAAGGCGUCGAGGGCAGAGUAUCGACAGUUGGGUACAAGCGGGCUUCGAGUGUCGAAUCCAAUCUUUGGGGGGCUCCAAGUGGGAAGCUCACAAUGGUUUCCAUGGGUUUUGGAUGAAGACAAGGCCAAGCCACUUUUGAAGGCAGCGUACGAUCGAGGAAUUAACACAUGGGACACAGCGAACAUCUAUUCGAACGGAUUGUCGGAAAAGAUCAUGGGCAAAACCAUACGAGAGUACAAUAUUCCGCGGCGAAAAGUGGUGAUAAUGACAAAGUGCUACCGGGUCGUGUGUGACGAGGAGAAUUAUGACCCUGGUAGUGGUAUAGCAAUGCUUGGAGGAUAUGCAGAACAGAGCAAGGACUAUGUGAAUGCCUGGGGCCUUUCAAGGGGUGCCAUCUUCAACGCUGUUGAAGCCUCCCUAGAGCGUCUGGGGACACCCUAUAUCGACUUACUCCAGAUCCACCGAUUCGACGAAAACAUGGGCAAGGUGCGCUACCUUGGCGCCAGCUCAAUGUGGGCAUACCAAUUUGCAAUUCUCCAGCACGCUGCGGAGAAGUACGGCUUGACUAAGUUUGUGUCAAUGCAAAACCACUACAACCUGCUGUAUCGGGAGGAAGAACGGGAGAUGGUCAAGUUCUGUAACCGAUCAGGUGUUGGCAUGGUUCCCUGGGCACCUCUUGCCUCUGGACAGCUCGCUCGGCCUCUAAGCAGCAACGGGUCGACACUUCGGUCCUCGGUGAACAAGAACGGAGCCUUUUACUAUGACGAAAAGAAUACCGACUCGCAGGUGAUCAUUUCCCGAGUGCAAGAGAUUGCCGAGAAACACGGAUGGCCCAUGAGCCAUGUCGCCCUGGCAUGGUUGAACCGACGAGCAACAUCGCCUAUCAUUGGAUUCAGCUCCGUGGAGCGCAUUGAUGAUGCCCUGGCAGCGCGGGGGAAGCUGCUGACUCCGGAGGAGGAGGCGUACUUAGAGGAGCCGUAUCGGCCCAAGUCAAUACAAGGACACUGCUAG